AUGGCGUCGUCGGCGCAGGCGGAAGCGAAAGUUGGCAUGGCGCCCGAACAGGGACCCACGAUGCAGAGGCAGCGCAAAGGCUCGGGUUCGGGAUUGGAUGGUUCGCCGAAGAGCAACAGGAGUUCGCCCACCCAGCGAGAGGAGGAGCAGAAGCGUACGAAAAGCGAGGAUCGCACUUCACCAACUGAAAGGAAGGAGGAGGAUAAGGACAAGGAGGGUCAAGGUCACACGGCAGGUGGAGGUGGAACCUCCUCGCCAGUGAGUUCUCCCCAAGGAAGGAGCUCCUCGGUAGCCUCGCCCAGUUCCACUUCCCAGCAAUUCUGCCUGCGAUGGAACAACUACCAAACCAAUCUGACCACCAUCUUUGAUCAGUUACUCCAGAACGAGUGCUUUGUGGACGUGACCUUGGCCUGCGAUGGUCGCUCCAUGAAGGCACAUAAGAUGGUCUUGUCAGCCUGCUCUCCCUAUUUUCAAACUUUACUAGCGGAGACGCCCUGCCAGCAUCCCAUUGUGAUCAUGCGGGAUGUCAAUUGGUCGGACUUAAAGGCCAUCGUAGAGUUUAUGUAUCGCGGCGAGAUCAAUGUGAGUCAGGAUCAAAUUGGUCCCUUACUGCGGAUAGCUGAGAUGCUGAAGGUGCGCGGCCUGGCGGAUGUGACCCACAUGGAGGCGGCCACGGCGGCAGCCACGGCAGCGGCCUCCUCGGAAAGGAUGCCCUCCUCCUCACCCAAGGAAGGUGGCACUUCCACUUCCAGAACUGAAAACGAAAGGGAAAGGGAGGCCGAGGAGCUGCUGGCCUUCAUGCAGCCGGAGAAGAAGAUGCGUUCGGAUUGGGAUCCUGCUGAACUGAGACUCUCUCCUUUGGAGCGACAGCAGGGCAGGAAUGUGAGGAAGCGACGUUGGCCAUCGGCGGACACGAUCUUCAAUCCACCUGCACCACCGAGUCCGCUGAGCAGUUUAAUAGCGGCUGAGAGAAUGGAACUGGAGCAAAAGGAGCGGGAGAGGCAGAGGGAUUGUUCCUUGAUGACCCCACCUCCGAAGCCUCCAUUGAGCAGCUCUUCUGGCUCGGGAGGAGCAACCUCGAGACGUAUGGAGACGGCCAUUCAUUCGCUGGACAUGCCCUCGCCGGCUGCCACGCCAGGUCCCCUCUCCCGAUCCUCGCGACCCCAUUCGCAGAGUCCCCAGCAGCAGCAGCAGCAGGGGGGUCAGCUUCCCCUGCCGCUUCCCCUGCAUCCGCACCACCAUGCACCACCUGCCCCACAUCCUUCUCAGACCUCCGGAUCCUCCCACCAUCCGCCAUCGCCCGCUGGAGACUCGCGUUUUCCCCUGGGUCCAGCCGCUGCAAUGGCCGCCGCCAUGGAACUAAGUGGAUUGGGACCUGGUCCUCCCACUGAGCCACGCCUACCGCCCCCACCGCCGCACCACCAUGGUGGUGGAGUGGGCGUGGGAGGGGGCGUGGGAGGCGGAACGGGCUCAGGCGGAGGAUCAUCGCUGGCCGAUGAUAUGGAAAUUAAGCCGGGAAUCGCCGAAAUGAUCAGAGAGGAAGAAAGGGCCAAAAUGAUGGAGAACUCGCAUGCCUGGAUGGGUGCCACCGGAUCCACGCUGGCAGCAGACAGCUACCAGUACCAGUUGCAGUCUAUGUGGCAGAAGUGCUGGAACACCAACCAGAACCUGAUGCACCACAUGCGCUUCCGCGAGCGAGGUCCUUUGAAGUCCUGGCGUCCCGAGACGAUGGCCGAAGCUAUUUUCAGUGUCCUGAAGGAGGGACUCUCGCUGUCGCAGGCCGCCCGCAAAUACGACAUCCCGUAUCCCACUUUUGUGCUCUAUGCGAAUAGGGUGCACAACAUGCUGGGUCCCUCCAUCGACGGCGGCCCGGAUCUGCGACCCAAGGGAAGGGGCAGACCGCAGAGAAUCCUCCUGGGCAUCUGGCCCGAUGAGCACAUCAAGGGCGUCAUCAAGACGGUGGUCUUCCGCGACACCAAGGACAUCAAGGACGAUAGUUUGGCGGCCCACAUGCCGCCCUACGGCCGACAUUCGGACAUUCCGCUGAGCUAUCCCGGCGCAAGUGGCGCCCUGGCAGGAGCGCCCAGCUCGCUGGCCUGUCCGAAUGGUAGUGGUCCGCAGGCCGGAGUGGGCGGAGUGGGAGGAGUGGGUGGUGGCGAUCAGCACAUGUCGCAGGAAACUGCCGCUGCGGUGGCCGCAGUGGCCCACAACAUCCGACAGCAGAUGCAAAUGGCAGCGGCCGUGCAGCAUCAGCACGGGGAGGCGGGACCACCGCCCGUUCCGCCGGGUUUGUUCAAUCUGCCACCCCACCCGGGAGUGGGUUGGGGGGUGGGGGUGCCAGGAGCGGGCGGAGGCAGGGCCAGCAUAUCGCCGGCCUUGAGCAGCGGCUCAGGGCCCAGGCAUGCGCCUUCGCCAUGCGGUCCCGCUGGCCUCCUGCCGAAUCUGCCGCCCAGCAUGGCCGUUGCACUGCACCACCAGCAGCAGCAGCAACAGCAGGCCGCCCACCAUCAUCUCCAGCAGCUCCACCUGCAACAGCAACAGCAACAGGCCCACUUGCACCACCAUCAGCAGCAGCAGCAGCAUCACCACAAAUCCGGUGGCUUCGGUGCCAGCUCCAGUUCCUCGGCCUCCUCCUCCUCGCUGGGUCAGCAUCAUCCCGCCUCCAAGGCCAAGGGCAGUCCGCUGCGCAGCGAAACCCCUCGUCUCCACUCCCCGCUCGGCGAUCUCGGCCUGGACAUGGCCGGCUACAAGCGGGAGUUCUCGCCCAGUCGUUUGUUCGCCGAGGAUCUGGCUGAGUUGGUGGGCGCCAGUGUCUCCUCUUCCUCCUCCUCGGCGGCAACGGGCGCUGUGCCUCCAGAAAGAUCAGGGGGAGGCUCCUCCCAGACACCGGGAACCGAUGCGCCCAGUUCCUCCAGCAGUGGUGGCAUCAAAGUGGAGCCCAUUACCACCACUAGCGAGUAG